AUGGUCAACCCAUAUUUAAGCGAUGAUAUCAUCUUUAAAGAGAUACUCACUAGAGUUCCAGCAGACAAUCUUCAUAACAACUUCAGACAUGUUUGCAGGAAGUGGUUUGAAUCAAUCUCCAGCCCUCGUUUCAUUGAAGCUCAUUACUCCAAUAUCGAACAGGGUUUGAUUACUCCGGGGCCAAUACGUUUUAAGCCGGGUUGGAUUGCAUUACGUUUUAUGGAGAUCAAAACAGGCAAGAUGAUAGACCGAUUCAUCAAAUUUAGAUCUUUGAAUCCAUGUGAAAUGCCCAACCUUAGAAGCUUCUCUAAUGGCAUGUUGUUGUUACAAGAUGGACAAAAUGUUCAUAACCUUUAUGUAGUUAAUCCUGCUACAAGUCAAUGGACAAGCAUUCCUCCUUUCACUACACCCAUUGGCCACUGGUUCGAAUUGGUAUACGUUCCUUGUACACAAGAGUAUAAGGUGGUACAUUUGUUUAAAGAUUACCAUAGUUUCACUUUCCGGUGUGAGAUAUUCACUUGUGGUGGUAGUGGUGGUGGUGAUUCAUGGCGACUAGUCGACUCGAUCACAGAAAACCGAAUCAAUAAAUACUUUUGGGGAGAAAGAGUUAUAGUGAGGUGUUAUACACUGGAAUGUUAA